AUGAAUGAUUUAAUUGUUCCAAUAAUCAUAAUAAUCUUAAGUCUAUUUUCAAUUAUAAGUUGUGGAUUUCUAAUAUAUAUUUAUGGAAGCUUUCGAGAAUUAAGGAAUGAUCAAUUUACUAUUGUAUUAUAGAUUAUUGUAUUCAAUCUAAUAUUUGAUUUUAUACUAUUUGGUGAUUCAAUUGGAUAUUUGUUUUUGAGAAACACUACUUUUCAGUUGAGUGAGAAACCUGUUAUAUGUUAUACCUAGUCAUUUUUCAUUGUCUAUUGUGUUCUAUCUAGUACUUUAUGGACUUCAAUUAUAAUUCAUAGUUUAUUUCAUUCCUUAAAAGAGAGUGAAGGAAAUCAGUACAUGCAGUCAUAUUAUCCAGGAUUAGGCUAUGGAAUACCCUUAUUAAUAUCUAUAAUGUAUGUAUUGUUUGUGAAAAAGACCAAUUAUUAUUGAUGCAUAUGGUCAAGAUUAUCCAAUGCCUCAAACAAAAUGUUUCUUU